UUGCGCGCGCGCUCAGUCAGCGCCCGAACGCCGGAGCGAACACACGUACUAGCCGGUACCGCGAGUGAUACGCCACGCGACCCGCAUGUGCUUUAGUGAUCCUUUAGUGCUCUGAAGUGGAUACUCGAAACGGAACCGCUGGGCCGAUCGGCCCGGGCGGUAUGGAAUCACCGCAAAUGUACGACGCGGCCGGCGCACCGCCGCCGCCGCCACAACCAGACCUCAAGAAGACUAACGACGACAAACGUAACAACUACCAACCGCCAGACUUAGACCCCAGGCACCUAGACUCCGAUCUCAAUGAACAGGAAAUCAGUUUGGACCUACAACACCUCAUCGAGGACCAGUUCCGCGGAGAGGAAACGAUGGCCCUCUUCCAGGAAAUCCUUCCGGGAGGGCGAUCACCCCAACAGAGGCCCUUCGCGCGAACUACCUUAGCAUAUAUGCCGCAGCCGGUGCAUUCCGGUGCGUCAUACGCUGCCCCAGUUCAACCCAAUUCACACGAACAAGCACCGCCAAUUAAGGAAGAGCCCCCGGAACCACACGACUUCAGAAGAUCUGUUACUUGUGCCCAGUAUACCGGACAGUACAAUCCUCAACCGCCAGUAGGUGUAAGUGGACCGUAUGGGGGUGGAUUUACUCCCUUACCACCACUAGGAGCUCCACUCCUACCACCUUUGUUAAAGCACAAACCGCCCCCUCCGAGACGCUCGUCUGGAAAAGGCCUAGAUAAAGGUACUGAUGAGUACAGAAGACGAAGGGAACGCAAUAAUAUUGCAGUGCGAAAAUCACGCGAAAAGGCCAAAGUGCGUUCUAGAGAGGUGGAAGAAAAAGUUAAAACCUUAUUAAGGGAAAAGGAUGCUUUGUUAAAGAGGCUAGAGGCCGUCACUGGGGAGUUAAGUUUGCACAAACAAAUGUACGUUCAUCUGAUAAAUCUGAAUCACCCAGAGAUCACGGAACUGUGCAGGUCGAUGCUGCAGCUAGGAGCGCCGCAUGCGCCGGAUCACACGCUCUGACCAUAGAUUAAAGAAAUCAGAGAGGAUCCGUGACACGAUGUUAUUAGGUUUUAGUUAGCAAAUUUAUUUUGUGAUUAACUUUGUCUGCAUUUUAUGAAUACCACGUUCCAUUUUGAACUUAAAUCAUACUAUAUAUACAUUGAAACUUUUGAUAUAAUAUUUUCAUAAAAUGCAGAGAAUCGGUCUUACACGAUAGUGAUCUCAAAUAUCAAGUAUCACCGAUUUAAGUAUAUAAUAUCUAAGAACAUAAGAAAUAUAUAAACGACAAUAUUUACUAUUAAUUGUUUUCACUUUUUUAAUAUGUAUUGAAACUGCCAAAUUUUGACAAUAUACUCUGUUUAACUAAAGAUUUGUCGAUCUAAUUUAUUAUAUCUAUAAAAGUUCUUUAAAUUUUUUAUAGUACACACAACAGAUCACUGCCAUUGGGGUCUCAAAAACCUUAAAUAUAAGCGUAAAUUCAUUUCAUUAUAAAUCAGUCUUUUACAUUGGAUAAAGACUGUCAUAUCAUUAAAUCAGUCUUUUAAAUUAGAUAAAGACUGUCAAAAACUAGAUGCCGCUAGCGUCGCUCAAACAUUGGUACAUUUCUGUAAUUAGUUAUUUAGAAUAAUUGUAAUUAUUAUGUAAAUUGGUUGUAUAUAAUUUGUCUUUGUUAAUAAAAUCCUAAUUACGAUUUAUGUCGUAAAUUUUAUACGUGACGGCUUACGACUGACAUUGUAUCGAAGAUUUUGACGUGACUUAAUGUAAAUAUACAAAUAAGAGUAAUUUUGGGGUAAGAUAUUUUGUUGUUUACUAAAAUGUUUAUUCCUAAAGAGUACCUUUAAAAUGUCGUUUAAUUAGUGUAGGUUAAUAAAAACACGGUCUGGGCACUCCCGGAUGAUAAGUACAAGAAAUUGUUUAUAUAAGCGUUGACACAUUACACAGAGUAUAGUAAAUCUAUCUAUUUUUGCUUGUAUCUAUGUACUACAAUAUCAAUUAUCAACGCUAUAUUUGAAUCACGGGUUAGGAACAUAUUACAUAAGUUAGAGGCUGCUAUUAUAUACACUGAUUUAAUACCAAUAAGUUGAAAAUAAUGUAAGAAAUGGUGAUUUAUAAACGGGUUUCGAAACAAAUGGUUACCAUACUGAUCCUACAAAUGUUAGAAUAGACAUGUACGCUAUUGUCAAAAGGUGUUUUUACACCACGCACUAAUGGUGCUUUGAACAAUUAGUGUGUGAAUGAACCUACUUAUAAAAAAUAGUUGUAAAGGAAAUCCGUCCCGAGUUAUAUAUUCUUAUUCAUUGUAAAAAUAUACUUAGAGGAUUAUUAAGAAUAUAUUUUCACUACUUAAGUAUACAUAGAUUUUUAUAAACGAUCGUGUUUUUAUUUUUAAUGAAUAUGGUAUGCUGUGUGAGAAGGCCUAAAAGAAACAAAGUUUCUCCCUUUGCAUUUUCCGUGCGUCAUUAUCUGUGGGAACCAUAAUACCUUUGACAGUUGUGAAUGCAGUCUGUGGUUGAAAUCAAUUUUAUUUAUAUUAUUUAAUUACACAGAUAAUGACGCAAUUUGUUAUUUUUAUUCUAUCUUUUAUCGAAAUGGUGCUACGUUUGUUUUUUUUUCUUUUUUCAGAGCCAAAGACUUGUUUUCCAUCUUGUUCUGUUUUGUAUAUUUUUGCUUGAAAACUUUUUUCUAAGAAAUAUUGACGGCCUUGAUAAUGUUUGACAAUAUUUGCGAUUGAUGUUAUAGGUGCAAUUAAAAUAAAUUUAUUUAAUAUA